CAUGAAAUCCCAUGAAGCACUUACCUUUUGACUGAAGGCCCUCCAUGCCUAGUGAAAUUUCCGAUCAGCUUUCAGCCGCCAUAAUACAGCACUGUAUACAAUGCACUACGCUAAGUAUUGUGUCAUGAUACCUAUACGAAAACUUCAGUUGAAGGGCACUGUUUACCAACAGUGACUUCACGAAAAUACCUUUCGUUUUUCUUCCCAUUCCUGCUUUGCUUUUCAAUGUUGAUCGGUGGAUUUACAAAUUUCCACUUACUAUUUGUUGGCUGGGGGUGCCACCACCUCUUAGAAGAGACCUGUUUGUUCCAUUUGCGUGCAGAAUCUCAGCAGUGCUCUCUCUCACAAACCACGAACCAAAAAAUCUUCUCUCUAAAAAGACCACGAACCCCAGCACAAUCUCUCUUAAAACCUGUUAACCACAACAAAAUCCGGUCCCGAUUCGAAGAAAUCCUUAAGCCCAGAAAAAGUUCGGUUUCAUGGGGAGUUUGUUUUGAUUUUUUGUGGACGAAUUCCAGUUUCCGGCGCUUCGUAUUCUUCAAUUACAGUGGAAUUAUCUACAGAAAAUUUCUCUAAAGAUGCUUACAAUGGAGGGACACUGAUUCAGAACAUUGUGGGCAAGUCUUUACAAGCUAAUUCUACAGCAAAACUCAAUUCCAUUUGCAAAGAAGAGAUCGAUCAUGGCUUUGGAGGUGGUAGGCGGAGCAUUUUUCUCCGCUUUCUUUCAACAAGUAUUUCAAAAGAUGGAUUCUCAGGAGGUCAAGAACUUCAUCAGAGGAAAGAAACGGACUGAUGGGUUGCUGAAGAAGUUGAAGAUCGAGUUGUUGUCUGUCAAUGCUGUUUAUGAUGAUGCCGAGCAAAAGCAAUUAAGUUACCCAGUUGUGAAGCAGUGGCUGCAUGAGCUUAAAGAGGCAGUCUUUCAUGCUGAUGACCUACUGGACGAGAUCAAGACAGAAAUGUUAAGGCGGAAAAUGGAAGCUGAAUUUGGAAGUAGCACAAGCAAGGCAAAAGACCUCAUCUCUGCUUCUUUCCAUGCUUUUGAUGAGUCUAUAGACACCAAGAUAGAGGAAAUUCUUGAGACGCUAAGCUUCAUUUCAAAACAGAAAGAUGCCUUCGGUUUGAAAGAACGUUGUAGUCACAGAAUCUCACAAACAUUGCCUUCAACUUCUUUAGUAAAAGGCUCUGAUGUAUAUGGAAGAGAUCAUGAGAAGGAAACCAUCAUUCAAUUGUUGCUAUCAGAUGAUGUUACUUGUAAUAAGAUUGGCGUCAUUCCCAUCGUGGGCAUGGGUGGGAUCGGAAAGACCACCCUUGCUCAGCUCUUAUACAAUGAUGAUAAAGUGAAGCGGCAUUUUGAGCUCCAGGCAUGGGUUUGUGUUUCUGAUGAAUUUGGCGUUGUUAAGAUCACACAAACAAUUUAUGCAUCAGUCACUUCACAAACCUGUGAUACCACAGACCUAGACCAGCUUCAAGUCAAACUCAAAGAUGCUUUGGCGGGGAAGAAGUUUCUUUUUGUUCUUGAUGAUGUUUGGAAUGAGAAAUACAAUAUUUGGGAUUCCUUAAGGCGCCCCUUCGAGUCUGGAGCUCAUGGAAGUAAGAUCAUUGUCACCGCAAGGAAUGAUGGCGUUGCAACUACGAUGGGUACUCUUCAAACCCAUUAUUUAAAGCACUUACUUGAGGAAGACUGUUGGGUUCUGUUUUCCAAGCAUGCCUUCAAAGAUGCAAUUGUAGAUCCAAAUCUUGAGGUAAUUGGAAGACAAAUUGUUAGCAAGUGUAAAGGCCUUCCUUUAGCUGCAAAAUCUCUUGGUGGUCUCUUACACUCUGAAUCAAAUGUGAAGGAAUGGGAAAAUGUGCUAAAAAGUGACAUAUGGGAGUUGUCAGAUGCAAAGAUUGACAUUCUGCCGGCUCUAUGGCUAAGCUACCAGUACUUGUCUCCGGAGCUAAAGCGUUGUUUUGCUUAUUGUUCCAUAUUUCCCAAAGAUUAUGAAUUUGACAAGUUUGAAUUAAUUUUGUUGUGGAUGGCCGAAGAUCUUUUACAACCCCAAAAGAAGACUAGGUAGGAAGAUGUUGGAAAGAAAUACUUUGAUGAUCUAAUCUCACGGUCAUUUUUUCAACACUCGUCUUCAAAUGAUUGUUUCAUCAUGCAUGAUCUGAUGCAUGAUUUGGCGACUUACGUAUGCGGGGAAUUUUGCAUUAGAUUGGAAGACCAUGACUUCUCAUCGGACGUGAGCAAGGGUCGUCAUUUUUCUUAUUUGCAAUAUUCAUCUAAUGUUGAUUAUGAGAGAUUUGACACUAUUUAUGAAGCUAAGUAUCUGCGCACCUUCAUUCUUGGCGAUCUCUAUCCAUUGCAGACAGUACGACUUGAUCGCCUUUUAAAGCUACAGUGUUUAAGAGUACUCAAAUUAUGUGGGUAUGAUAUCAGCGAGUUGCCUGAUUCGAUUAGCAACUUGAAGCAUCUGCGGUACCUCAACUUGUGUAAGAAUCCAAUAAAGAAAUUACCAGACGCGGUAUGCAGUUUGUAUAAUUUACAAACGUUGUUGGUGUCGUAUUGUGUAGAUCUCGCUGAGUUGCCCACCAAUUUGGGAAGACUCAUCAACUUGCGCCAUCUUGAUUUCAAAGGUACGAAAAUAAAAAAGAUGCCCCCCCACAUGGGCAAGUUGAAAGAUCUCCAAACAUUUGGAGGGCUUCAAAAUAUCAAACAUGUUGAGGAUGCUUUGGAGGCCAAACUGAGGGACAAGAAGCUCAGUGAAAUACAUUUGAAAUGGGAAGGUGACACUGCUGAUUCUCAAAACGAUAGCCGAGUGCUGGGCAACCUGCAGCCCAAUACAAACCUAAAGGUACUGGCUAUAAAAGGAUACGGAGGUACAAAGUUUCCAGGUUGGUUAGGAGAUGAGUCUUUCUCUAAUCUCAUCACUCUCCAACUUGAGAAUUGUGGAUAUUGUUUCUCCCUGCCAGCAUUGGGGCAGCUAACGUCCCUCAAAAGUCUUAAAAUUGAUGGGUUGAAUGGAGUGGAAUUAGUGGGGUCUGAGUUUUAUGGGGGAAUUAAACCUGCAUUUAAAUCUCUGGAGUUUCUGAGUUUCCGCAGUAUGCGGGAAUGGCAAGAGUGGUGUUUCCCUGGAGGUGAAGAAGAACAAGGCGGACAUUUUCCUAAUCUUUGCGAGCUUCGUCUGCAUUGUUGUCCCAAACUAACGGGGAAAAUACCGUUAGACUACUUCCCAAGACUUGAGCGGCUAAGUUUGCAGGAAGUUAAUAUCGAAUCCCUUGCUUGUUCGCAUGAAUGCAAUAAAUUCAAUAUUGAACUCCCAUUCCUCCGUGAGUUGGAAAUAUCAGAUUGCCCGAAUCUGGUAUGUUUUGUGGGUGGUGGAGUGCUGCUUGCGCCCAACUUGAAGGAGAUAUCUAUGUGCCGUUUUAAAAACUUGUGGUCAGUGCCAGAAGAUAUGCAAAUCUCGCUCCCAUCUCUUCCGUCUCUGUCCAUAGAAGGGUGUAAAGAAUUUAAAUCAUUUCCGGAAGAAUCUAAAUUCCCAUCCGUCGAUGAUUUGAAGAUAAUGGAGUGCCCAGAAUUUGUGGGUUUCCCCCAUGGAGGAGGACUGCAAGCGCCCAACUUGAAGACGAUGGAAAUUAAAGAAUGUAACGAAUUCAGGUCACUGCCAGAGGAGAAGCACGCCUCUCUCCCGUCUCUUCAGUCUCUGUUCAUAGAAGGGUGUAAAGAAUUUAAAUCAUUUCCGGAAGAAUCUAAAUUCCCAUCCCUCGAUUAUUUGAAGAUAAUGGAGUGCCCAGAAUUUGUGGGUUUCCCCCAUGGAGGAGGACUGCAAGCGCCCAACUUGAAGACGAUGCGAAUCGAUGAAUGUAACGAAUUCAGGUCACUGCCAGAGGAGAUGCAUGCCUCUCUCCCGUCUCUUCAGUCUCUGUUCAUAGAAGGGUGUAAAGAAUUUAAAUCAUUUCCGGAAGAAUCUAAAUUCCCAUCCCUCGAUUAUUUGGAGAUAAUGGAGUGCCCAGAAUUUGUGGGUUUCCCCCAUGGAGGAGGACUGCAAGCGCCCAACUUGAAGAGGAUGCGAAUCGAUGAAUGUAACGAAUUCAGGUCACUGCCAGAGGAGAUGCAGGCCUCUCUCCCGUUUCUUCAGUCUCUGUCCAUAGAAGGGUGUAAAGAAUUUAAAUCAUUUCCGGAAGAAUCUAAAUUCCCAUCCCUCGUUGUUCUGAAGAUAAAGGGAUGCCCAGAAUUUGUGGGUUUCCUCUAUGGAGGAGGACUGCAAGCACCCAACCUGGAGACGAUGGAAAUUAAAGAAUGUAACGAAUUCAGGUCACUGCCAGAGGAGAUGCAGGCCUCUCUCCCGUCUCUUCAGUUUCUGUCCAUAGAAGGGUGUAAAGAAUUUAAAUCAUUUCCGGAAGAAUCUAAAUUCCCAUCCCUCGUUGUUUUGAAGAUAAAGGGAUGCCCAGAAUUUGUGGGUUUCCUCUAUGGAGGAGGACUGCAAGCGCCCAACUUGAAGACGAUGCGAAUCGAUGAAUGUAACGAAUUCAGGUCACUGCCAGAGGAGAUGCAAGCCUCUCUCCCGUCUCUUCAGUCUCUGUCCAUAGAAGGGUGUAAAGAAUUUAAAUCAUUUCCAGAAGAAUCUAAAUUCCCAUCCCUCGAUUAUUUGGAGAUAACGGAGUGCCCAGAAUUUGUGGGUUUCCCCCAUGGAGGAGGACUGCAAGCGCCCAACUUGAAGAGGAUGCGAAUCGAUGAAUGUAACGAAUUCAGGUCACUGCCAGAGGAGAUGCAGGCCUCUCUCCCGUCUCUUCAGUCUCUGUCCAUAGAAGGGUGUAAAGAAUUUAAAUCAUUUCCGGAAGAAUCUAAAUUCUCAUCCCUCGUUGUUCUGAAGAUAAAGGGAUGCCCAGAAUUUGUGGGUUUCCUCUAUGGAGAAGGACUGCAAGCGCCCAACUUGAAGAAUAUGGAAAUCUAUUAUUGUAACAAAUUCACAUCAUUGCCAGUGGAGAUGCAAAUCUCUCUCCCGUCUCUCUCGUCUUUGAUCAUACGGGAUUGCCCAGAAUUGGAAUCAUUUCCGGAAGGGGGAUUGCCGUCGAAAUUGCGUUACCUCAUUAUCUGGAAUUGUAAAAAACUGAUGGCAAACCGUAUGCGGUGGGGUUUACAAACACUCACCUCCCUCAUAGAAUUGGAUGUCAACUUCUCAGAAUGUGAAGAAGAAGAAAUUGGCGAAUCAUUUCCAGAAGAGGGGCUGCUGCCAACCACUCUCACUUCUCUCAGAGUCUCCAAUCAUCCGAAUCUGAAAACCAUUGACGGCAAGGCGUUAAGACACCUCAUCUCUCUCGAGGAGUUGGUGAUUUAUUUUUGUCCUCGACUCCAGAGCUUGCCAGAUGAAGGGCAACCCACUUCUCUUUCUCGUCUAGGUAUCUUCAAGUGUGAUUUGCUAUCACAACGGUGCCACAGAGACACGGGAGAAGAUUGGCCCAAGAUUUCUCACAUCCCCAAUGUAGUGAUUGAUGGCCGAGAGAUAUGAUUUGCAAUGGUACUCUUGUCCCAUAUAAACUUGAAAGUAUUUGCGAUAGAAAGAUACGGAGCUACAAAAAUUCCAAAUCGGUUAGGAGAUGACUUGUUCGUUCUCUCAUCUUGUUACUCUUGGACUUGUGGAUUGUGAACAUUGUUUUUCAAUGCCAGCAUUGGCACAGCUACCAUCUCUCAGAAGGUUUGAAACUGAUGGGUUAAAUGGAGUGGAAUUGUUCCUCUUUUCUUGUUGUGUCUUACGGUGGUUCUAUUAGACGACAGUUUGUUGUAUCGAACUAGUCUUCGGUGAAAAAGGAGCUUCAACAAGUUUAUGAGCUCUAGUUUCCGAAUUUCCUUUUUCAAGUUUGUUUCCAAAUUAUGUCUAUUGAGAAGUAGAUUUUGGUACUUUGUAGAAUUCGAAUUCAAAUGUUUGGUUUGUAAAAUAUGGAUGAUGAUUUCAUUUCUGUGGAACUGUGAAUCUAUGAUCAUGCUUGAAUGUUGUAA